UUGCGUGUGUUUGCUGCAGUUGCACUUGAAACUUCAUUUACAUUCUUCAGCGUGUAGGAGAUGCCGACCUGCUGCGUGCAACGCUGCAGAUCGCGCUCUCUUCGCAAAGAGCCUGGAGUUUCAUUCCAUUCGUUUCCAAAAAACCCACAGCUAAGAGCAAAAUGGAUCGAGGCCUUGGGGAAGACGUGAACUGGGUGCCGCCAGAGUGGAGCCGAGCUUGCUCGAAGCACUUUCACCCAGACGACUUCGUCCAAACGCAGUCUCUCGUCCGACUUCGUCCAUGUGCAGUUCCCAAAUUUUUUCCACAACAUGAGCAUGCUGGAACCACAAGUGGGGCUGAAGCUACAGUGGAAGGCACAAUGGAAUCCCCCGUGCUACCACAAGUAUACAUAGAGGAAAAGGAACAGCAUGCUUCUGAACUCCUGUGGGACCCUCUUGUCAGCGUGGACACUGAGGAAGCUGAAAGACCACAAGAGGUACAUAGUACCUCUGCUCUGACAAAGGAAAACAGUGUAGAGCUCCCUUUAACUUCACUUGGGGUAUCAUCAUCUCCCUAUGCCAUCAUGACUAAGUUGUGCAUAUAUGCUCUUUCAUGUAAUGUGACGUAAGUGCCCUUGGAAACCACAGAAUAUAGUAGCCCUUACGCUCCCACAUUUGAAGUUUACUGUUGAGUGCUGUCGUAAUGGGGUCCCAAGUAGAGUUCUCAGAGUACAUGUGGCUUUCUGAAAGGGCACCACAUGUAAAUUUCAUGCAAAUUUUACACAUUACAAUUUAUUUGAGUGAAUGGUAACCCUAGGACACAAGUGGAUCUGCACCCGAGGAAGACGCAUCCCCUGGUUCUGGAAACCAUGCAAGUCAGGUAUGAAUGGUGAAUUCUAUGUUCACAGCCCGUAUAGCUCUCAGUGUUUCUUGUGAGCAUGUUGGCAUAACAGGGUUCCAAAAGGAAACAGCAUUCCAACGCAAACACGUGUGACACAAAGAAUGAUAUUCUAAAUGUUUUUACGUAUUUAGGUUGAAGAGGCAAGAUUUACUUUCCUCCCUGGCCCUUAUACAAGUGCACAAAUGUUAUGGGUAAGCUCAGUCCCGUGUGUAGGUGCUGCAGACACACAGCUGCUAGCAUUACGCAGUCAUUCAUCGUUCGGCAAAACCCCUGGAUCCUUCUGUCUUGCAUGGUGUGUAAUUUUAGGUUACAGAGUAGGUGCAUAUAGCCGCAUCUGCAUUUAAAACUAUCCAUACUGAUUCUCUUCUCACAUUGCAGAAUGUGCAUGCAUUUUAACCUAACUGCUCCAAAUAAAAUGUAUACUAAACACUUAUGACUGAUGAUUCAGUGAUGAUUUUACUAACAUCU